CACCUAGUUCAGCGGCUGUCUCCCAGCAGGCUUAGCGCGGCAACAUGGCGGCGUCCAUACUGCCCCAUAGUACUGCCAUACUGUCAUGUCUCCGCCGCCGCCCCGGGCUCCGCUGCCUGAGCCUGCAGGUGAGCUGGGGCGGGAGGGUGGUGAAGCCGGUCCGGAAGGAGCCCCUCGAGAUCCCGGGCCUGGAGAGGAUCACCUACGCGGACAGGAUGUACCAUGUCCCCUGGCUGGCUCGCCCCACCUUCCCCGAGUUUAGGAAGGACUGGGCUGACCCCGGACACUACCGGGCGCCCCCGCCGGAGGAGAUGGAGCUGUACCGGGAGCGGCCGAGCUAUGUGUUCCACCGCAGCUGCCGGAUGGUGGGAGGAGUAAAACAAGCCCUUUGGCUGACCAAGUCCAAGCUGAUUGAAGGUCUUCCAGAGAGAAUUCUUAGCAUAUGUAAUGACCCAGCGUAUCAAUUCUCCAACCACGAACAACUGGUGCACAACCUAAUUAAUCAAGCCUGUAUAUGGAACAACAAGGAAGAACAGCCAACCAGGGAAGAAUACUGCCCAAAGCUGUUACAAGGCCUGUUGCAUUUGUGCCGGACACAGAACAGUAAAUUUUCUGCCCUUUCUGAAAGGAGCAUUGUUGAGAAUUGUCGCUUGGCUACCUUUUGGAAAAGAGGUUCUGACACAUAUCAUGUGCGUGGGAUUAAUGGUUUUCUUAUGAGUGCGAAAAGCCCUCUCACCCGGAUGGCCUCCGACAGUGAGAUCCAGGCUACCGAGCAGCACACACUGGGGUCUUUGUACCCGAUAUCUCCUGCUAUUGACCUCCAGGAAGUCAUUGUGUAUGAGGAAAGAAAUGAUUCAGGUUUCAAACCUGGGUACCCAUUCACUCACCCUCACACUUUGUUCCUCAUCGAGCCCUGUAGCACCAAAGCAAAAUUCUCACCAGACCAGCUCCGAGCAAAGAUGAUCAUGUUGGCAUAUGGCAGUGCACUGGCCAAAGCCAGAAGUCUGUAUGGGGAUGGUGCAGAGGUCUUGGAACAACCAAUUGUCGUCCAAAGUAUUGCCACUGAUGGUCAGUUGUUCCAGUUUAUGACAUUUCAGCUGAACACCAUGAAUUUGGCUUCGGACGAUGGAGUGAAAAACCUUGUGUGGAUGGAUUCUGAUCAGCCCCUCUAUGAUACUGCUUUACGCUUGCCAAUAAAGAAGAGGAGGGUUAUCGUGGCACCUGCUGGUAUCUCCGGGUUUCAACCAGCAACAUUUCUCAAAUUUUGGGCAAUGUACUUGCAUGGAACAGUCUGAAUGUCAAGAUGAUUUGUUAGAAAUGAACUUAAU